UCUCUGCCCGUGGUCGUGACCGUUGGUUUUGGAGGGAGAUAAAGAGCGAGAGGGAGAGCACGCAGCGAGAGCUCAGCUGAAACCGAACGCAUGAAUCUCUCCAUCGUCAUCUCCGCCUCCGCCGCCCUCCUCCUCUCGAUCCUCUCGCUCCGUCUCCUCGACGCCUACUACUGGUCGAGCAUACGGUCGUUGCUUCCCUUCACCCGGUCGUCUCCGGUCGCGGACCUGAUCGUGUGGAACGGCACGAUAUACACGAGCGAUGCGUCCCUGCUGUUCGCCGACUCCAUGGCCAUUCGCAGUGGUCGGGUCCUCCGAGUCGGAAGCUACUCGUCUCUCAAGGAGUUGGUACACUCUGGUACCAAACAAUUGGAUCUUGGAGGAAAAGUUGUGGUCUCCGGGUUCAUCGACUCCCAUGUGCACAUGAUUUUCGGAGGACUGCAGAUGGGCCGGGUGGAACUCCGUGCUGUUAACCGUAAAGAAGAGUUUGUGAGGACGAUUGAAGAAGCUGCAAGAAAUUCCAAAUCUGGUUCUUGGAUAUUGGGUGGUGGAUGGAAUAAUGACCUAUGGGGAGGAGAAUUGCCUGUAGCCUCCUGGAUUGAUGAAGUUACACCUGCAAAUCCUGUCUGGGUCACAAGGAUGGAUGGUCACAUGGGCUUGGCUAACUCUGUGGCACUGGAGGUGGCAGGUGUUUCUAAGCUGUCGAAAGAUCCAAAAGGGGGAACUAUAGCUAGAACUGCUGAUGGAGAACUUACUGGGUUACUGAUUGAUUCUGCAAUGAAGCUGUUUCUCGGAUCCAUACCGGAAGUUUCUUUGAAUGAAAGGAGAGAGGCUCUUGUCAGAGCUAGCAAAUAUGUUUUGACAAAGGGUGUGACCACAGUUGUUGAUUUUGGAAGAUACUAUCCUGGUGCUCCAGUGGAGUUCUCUUGGCAGGAUUUUUCAGAUGUUUAUCAGUGGGCCGACUCUUCAGGGAGGAUGAUAAUGAGAGUUUGCUUAUUUUUUCCCAUGGAGACAUGGCAGCUUUUGCUUGAUCAAAUUAACAAAUUUGGUCGAGUCUUGAGCCAAUGGAUAUACUUGGGUGGCGUUAAGGCUUUUGCUGAUGGAUCUUUGGGUUCUAGUAGUGCACUUUUUCAUGAGCCUUAUGUAAAUGAGCCUCAUAAUCGUGGUUUGCAACUGAUAGAACAUGAGAGGCUUCUCAACAUGACUGUUGCAUCAGAUAAAUCUGGGCUUCAAGUAAUUGCUCAGCCUUUGUUUUGUUGUUUUCAGGUUGCUAUUCAUGCUAUUGGAGAUAAAGCAAAUGAUUUAGUUUUGGAUGUGUAUCAGUCAGUCACUUCUAUAAACGGAGUGAGAGAUCGCAGAUUCAGGAUUGAGCAUGCACAACAUUUGGCAAUGGGAGCAGCAGCUCGAUUUAGUCAGCACGGGAUCAUUGCCUCUGUGCAGCCAGACCACUUACUUGAUGAUGCUGAUUCUGCAUCAAAGAAGCUUGGAAAGGAAAGGGCUGACCUUGGAUCUUACUUAUUUCAAUCACUUUUAGGCAGCAACGGAAGCUUGGCUUUUGGUUCUGACUGGCCUGUUGUAGAUAUUGAUCCUUUACAUAGCAUCAGGACGGCAAUUAAAAGAAUACCACCUGGUUGGGAAGAUCCUUGGGGUCGAACAGAAUGCCUUACAUUGAAAGAAGCCCUAAAUGCGAGUUUGCUGUCGGGUUAAGGGCCAUUGCUGUGGUGGAAAAAGACUAAUCAACAAUGGCAAAAAUGGAGGAUGAUUUAGCUCGGAUUUGAUGGAGGGGCUGGGCUGCCUAGGAAGCAUUAGCUGCUAUUUACUUGUUCUGGGAACAUUUCUCUCUCUUGACCCUACCAAUUUUUAUCAGUUGGCACCUUUCUUGUGCCAUAACUCCCUGCAUUCCUCUACUUUUCGGGGUGCAAAGGGGAUUCUUUUAUGUUUUUUUCACUGAUCGGGUCCUGCUAAUCCAAGAGUCGUUUAUAAUGAAUCUGAAAGCUGUUAAUGCAACUUUUCUAUUUACCAAGGGAUUGGCCAUCUCUCUCUGUGAUGUGCAUGAGCGACUGCACAUGGAUAGUUGUUCCACACGUCACUCUGCCCUGUUACUGCAUUGGAUUGUAAGCCCUUGUCAGCUUGUUGAUCAUAAAUCUUGCCUCUGCAGAUACACCAUUUCAGCUGCCCAGGCAUGCUUCCUGGACAAUGACUUGGGCUCUUUAGCUCCUGGAAAGCUGGCAGACUUUGUCAUCUUAUCCACCGACUCAUGGGAUCAGCUUGCAGCAGGAGGAUCCGCAUCAGUCGUU